UGAAAGACCCUGCACCAACAAGAAAACGCGAUCAUACUUGUAACCACCAGAGCACCACCCUCACCCUCACCCUCAUUCUCCUCUUUGAUCGCUUCGCCCAUGACCACCAUCCUUCGUUAGCUUCCCCUCAGCCCCGACAAACUCAUGCAUGACUGUCGUGGAAGAACAGUAGGGCUGGUACAGACGGGUGAUCGCAGCAGACAUGGGUACACACGAGCUACAACAGCAGCAGAAACGCGACUUCUCCGAAGAGGCUGUUGCUUCAAACUCGCCGACGGAUCAGGGGCCUUCUACUGAUGGUAGCAACAAGAAAAGGAGGACAGCUGGUACCAGUUCCGGCUCAAGGGGCGUAGCUAAUCUGACGCCCGACCAAUUGGCCAAGAAGAGGGCAAACGAUCGCGAGGCUCAACGUGCGAUUCGGGAGCGGACGAAGAACCAGAUUGAAGGGCUGGAGAGGAAGAUCAGGGAGUUGGCGUCCCAGCAGCCAUACCAGGAAUUGCAACAUGUAAUGCGGCAGAAGGAGAUGGUCGACGCGGAGAAUGCUGAUAUCAAGAAACGACUGGCUUCAGUCAUGUCAUUGAUACAACCAAUUCUUGGGGGCCCGCAUGGUGGGUAACUCUCUGCUCUGCUCUCCGUCUUCCUGACUUCGUACAAGUUCUGUGGAUAUGUACAUCGCUGAUACUUGUAUGAGCAGGCCUAGAGAAUCACGCGUAUGCCCCGCCCGCAAUGCCUCCUCAAGCACCGUAUAUUCCCAAUCGACCCAGCUCUUCCAGUGUAUAUCCCUCGGCCUCUACAAGUGGUCUCUCGCCUGCUGGACCACCGCCAUCUCCAUGGCAAGCGCCGCCGAAUGCCCCUAUGAGCCAGGAUCAGAGAGCGCAUAAUGCCAGCAUUCAAUCAGCUCAAACACAUCAACUGAUGAAGCAGAAGCACGAUUUAGCACACAACUUGGAGAUGGGCCCAGAGAGACUUGGUCUUGACUUCUUACUCGAUGCAAGUCAACGUAUCAACAAGAUUCCUAAUGGGUUGAAUGGGUCACACGAGAUAGGCACUUUUCAACCCAGGUCAAAUAGCAUCGAUGCAGGAAGCCCAGUGCACAAUAGAAGUAGUUCAAUUGGGAGUCAUGCCAACUAUGGAAGUAACAGCGGAACUCCAGGUCCAGGCUCAGAGAUAUUGGGGCACGCAGCACCGAUUCGUAACAGCCAACCAACAUGCCCUCUCGACAGUCUUCUUCUCGACUUCCUUCAAGAACGACAAAAACAAGCAGCAGAAGGAGUCUCAACUCCAAAGCUUGUAGGACCAGCCUACCCUAGCGUUUCCUCUCUCCUUAACCCAUCCCGUGGCGUGAACUCCCAUCCUCUUUCAAAAGUAUUCACCGAUAUCCUAGCUACAUUCCCAGACCUCUCCACACUUCCAGAAAAGGUCGCCGUUCUCUAUAUAAUGUUCCUGAUAAUGCGUUGGCAAAUCUCCCCGACCCAAGAAAACUACGACCGUCUGCCCGACUGGGUCGCUCCCCGUGCUUCCCAACUGUUCACACCCCACCCCGCAUGGAUCGACCACUUGCCUUGGCCGAAAAUGCGCGAUCGACUCGUGCGUGACUAUAACCCUAAAGAUUACCUAUUUGAUAACUUCUUCAUCCCUUUCACCACGACUUUGAGUCUCAAUUGGCCUUAUGAGCCGACGGAUACCUUGUUGAGCUCUCCGGAAAGUGAUGAUCUGAUGAUCAAUCCGGUUUUUGAAAGGCAUCUGAGACGGUUGGAAAAUUGGAGUCUGGGACCGGCUUUUGCCAAAGAGUUUCCAGGGUUGGCGGAUACGUAUCGGUUGAAGAGCGAGGGGGAUAGACGGGAAUGAUCUGGCUUUACUUCCUAUCCUCGCUUCGGGAUAUAAGUCCUUGUCUCUUUUUUAUUUUAUUUUGGUCUUUUGGUACCAAAUUUUUUUCUCGACACAAAAGCUUUAUUCUUCUCUUUAGUGGUCUUUUCGGGAUGGAUGUGCUAGGUUGGAUUGGACUGGGUUGGGCUGUUUGUACUUAUAGGAUUCUUGGUGUUAGGGUUCUACAAAAUAAGGGCUUUUCUAAGGCGAUGCCGGGGCAUGACUUGGUAUGGCUGGGGACUUUUUAAGGAGUAGAAAAGGGGAAUUUUAGGGGAAGGAAAUUGGAUUGGGACCUGGGAAGGAAUGGGGUGGCUAGCCUAGGCUUGAGGACUAGUAGUAGACAAUUGUAGAAUGUUUGUCUUUUUUGGAAAGG